UUUAUUUCAGAUACUGUCCUUAUUAUUCCAUAGGGAUUUUAAAUUCAAUUUCUUCAGGUGGGGAACUCUUCCAUUAUUGCACUUCAUCCUCUGCCUCUUGGGAAAAGAAGAGAAACACGUAGAGCUUGAUCGUAGUCAGUUUUGCUUUGAGAAUUCUUGCCUUGUUCUGCCUUUUAGUAGAAUGUUCGACCUGUGAGAAAUCAGCCUAAACAAAGAUGCCCUACUGGUAGUGUAGAUACAAAGUUUCACGUAGCUAAUACAGCCAGUGUAUCCAUUAAAAAUGAAUGGGGAUCUGCAACAUUAUUGCAAUAGGCAGAACUGCACAAUGAUUAUACAGUGUAAAUUUAUUGCAGUAUUUGUUAAAUCACAGCAGGAUACUAUUUCACUGUUUCUUUAAACUUGUCUCAUUUAUUUGGGAAGGAGAGCAAUGUGUCAGUUUUUAAUACUGGAAUGUAUCAAAUGUGACAGAGAGCAAACCCUUCCUGUGAGCAUGCGUGUUAUUUAAUGAAUGCAAAUUUUAGUUAAGAUAUGUCCACGUAUGAAGUAGCCGGGUCAUAGAGUGAACUGCUAUUUUACAUUCUUUUUUUCCCUCUUUUCAAAGAAAGUAAGUAAUAUUUAGAGAGAGGUGACAAAAGGAAGGCCUGGGUAUUGAAUGUUCAACAUAAUUACAAUAAUUAAAAAACAAAACCCCACAAAACUGUACUUACCCUAAAGCUGACAUUUUAUAGUUCUUUGAAGGUGUAUAUUCUGCUUUCUUACCUGUGGAAACUAAGACAAUUUCUUAAGAAGGAUAUUGUUGCAUAAAGGUAUGCAUGUUUGUGAUGAUCUGUAGUAUUGCUCUGGACUGCUGUUAGAAAUUGCUGUAACAAGUUAAACCACUGACCCUUUUCACUGAGGAUGAGGAAACAUGACUUAAAUGAUAUGAACAGGGGAUUUGAGGUGGCUAAUAUGUUACUUGAAUACCAAUUCUGCUGGUUUAUCUCUCAUUUCCAUUUUUGAAAGUAAUGCUACAUUUUCCUGAAUUAUGAAUUCAAUUGAGUAUUAAUGUUGGAACGGUCUCUGAAGCUUAGGCACGAUAGAUGUGUUGCAGGGACUGUGUUUUGCUGCUCACCUUCAUGCAAAGUCUUUGUGAAUCUCUACUUGGACUUUAGCUGUCUGUUGAUUACUGCUGUGAUGGUGUCACAGUGCGCAAAGUGUUUGCUUACUCGUACAGCAUUUGUCUUAUAGUGCUCCUUGGCAUUAAAUUUUGGAUAAUAUCUUCAUGCGAUUGAGUACAAGAAUCCUGAAAUGGAAAGAGUUUAGGGUUUUUUUGUUUUAUUUUUUUUCUCAUUAAUCCUCUUAGUAGGAAUAUAGUAGAUGCCUUACAAAAAUUCUAAAUAGAUGCUUAUCAUAAUCCUAAUAAUGACUUUUUGAAGUUUGUUGAGCACUUUUUCCUGUUGUGUUUCACAGAAAUUGCUUCCAACUUUUGAAAUUUGUAAUGAUACAAAGAGCAAAGGGUUUAAGCUCCACUACUAGAAGAAUAUUCUUGAAUAUUUGUGCUGCCUAGCUUUCUAGCCUGUUAUUUGGGGCAUACUGUAAAUAACAAAGGUCUGUGUGUUUCAUGGUAACUCCAGACUUUUCUACCGACUGUUUGGAAUUUCCCUGUGGGUAAAUUUUUGACAGUUCCUUUUAUGCAGGUCAGAUUAAUUUAAGUCAUGCCUGCAUGGUACCGCAAUGGGACUGUGUAAAGAUGUUAGCUAGCAUGUUCCAGUGAAAUGCCAUGUAGGCAUACCUGUGGUAGGUUAAGUCUUUAGGGAUUAUAAUUUGAGACUCGAUGAUUUCCACUCAUGCAUUUAAGCCAUUGUCUCUCUUGAUAAGUGGAUCUAGAAAUGUAAUGCGAUCAUCCGUUCACACGUGCCGUUUUUGAGUGAAGAAAAAUGUUUGUGUUUGCGUAAAAAUAACUGAUUUUGUUUUCUCACUUACAGAAAAUGCCAGAAGCAUCAGAAGAUCAUAAUCAUUGGAAGGCCUAUUGACUUCCGUUUUUUGAUAAUCUGGAACAUCAUCAAUCUGGCAUGGCGCAGGGCAGUCAACAACUUGAUGUGCAGGUACUCCAUGAUCUCCGGCAACGUUUCCCUGAGAUUCCUGAAGGGGUGGUGUCUCAGUGCAUGCUUCAGAACAACAACAACCUAGAUGCCUGUUGUCGAGCCCUUGCGCAGGAGAGCAACAAAUACUUAUAUAUGGAGUACCAUAGCCCUGAUGACACCAGAAUGAAUAGAAAUAGCCUUUUGCACAUUAAUCUGGGUAUUCAUCCUCAUACGAGCUAUCAUGCAGGGGAUGGAGCUCAACUUAAUGGUGGUCGUACACUGGUACAUAGUUCAAGUGAUGGACAUAUUGAUCCGCAACGCACAGCAGGUAAACAGCUGAUAUGCUUAGUUCAAGAACCACAUUCUGCUCCCGCCGUUGUGGCAGCUUCUCCUAAUUACAAUCCAUUUUUCAUGAAUGACCAGAAUAGAAAUGCAGCUACUCCUCCUCCACAGCCACCUCCACAGCCAUCUUCCAUACAACCAGGAAUGAACACGUCUGCUAUGCAAGGCCCUCCUCCUACGUAUAUGCACAUACCUCGAUACAGUACAAAUCCCAUUACUGUUACAGUAUCACAAAACCUCCCCUCUGGACAAAGUGUACCCAGAGCUCUACAAAUUCUUCCACAGAUUCCAAGCAAUCUUUAUGGGACUCCCGGCUCUAUUUAUAUAAGACAAACAUCUCAAAGUUCUUCAGGACGACAGACUCCUCAGAAUACACAGUGGCAUUCAUCGCCACAGGGCCCAGUUCCGCAUUAUACUCCACGUCCUCUACCUGUGUAUCCACAUCAACAGAAUUAUCAACCUUCUCAGUAUUCUCCUAAACAACCCCAGAUCCCUCAGUCAGCUUUUCGAUCACCACCGGCAUCCCAGUGUCCCUCUCCUUUUGGCUCUCCUCAGCACCAAGUUCAACCCCCUCAGUUGGGUCCUCAGAGUUCACAUGUUUUCAUGCCGCCUAGUCCUUCAACUGUCCCACCCCACCCAUAUCAGCAAGCAUCCCAGACUUAUCAAAAACAAGGUGGUCACUCUGUGUCGUAUCUUCCUUAUGCUGGGCCUAGUUUAUCCAAAGGUUCCAUGAAUAAAAUAGAAAUUACAGUUGAGCCACCACAAAGACCUGGGACUGCAAUGAAUAGAAGUCCUUCACCAAUAAGUAAUCAACCAUCUCAGCGAAACCAGCACCCGCUGUAUGCAGCCACUACUCCUCCUUCAAGCUCUCCAUCAAGAGGUAUGUCGGGUCAACCUAAACCUCCAUUUAGUGUUAAUCCAGUAUAUAUUACCUACACUCAACCAACUGGACCUACAGGUGCACCAACACAGUCUCCUCGGGUAAUGGUAUCUCAGCCAAAUCCAACCAUUUUUAAAAUCACAGUAGGUCGAGCACCAACUGAGAAUCUUUUAAAUUUAGUGGACCAAGAAGAGCGUUCUGCAGCACCAGAGCCUAUUCAGCCUAUUUCUGUAAUCCCAGGAUCUGGAGGAGAAAAAGGAAGCCAUAAAUAUCAGAGAAGUUCUAGUUCUGGAUCAGAUGACUAUGCUUACACUCAAGCCUUGCUGUUACAUCAGCGAGCAAGGAUGGAGAGAUUAGCAAAAGAACUGAAGCUUGAGAAAGAAGAGCUUGAACGUCUGAAAGCUGAAGUCAAUGGUAUGGAGCAUGAUCUAAUGCAGAGGCGACUUCGAAGAGUUAGCUGUACAACUGCAAUUCCAACACCUGAGGAAAUGACCAGAUUGAGAAGCCUCAACAGACAGCUCCAGAUAAAUGUUGACUGUACGCUGAAAGAAGUUGACCUCCUUCAAUCUAGAGGGAACUUUGACCCAAAAGCUGCAUGCAACUUCUACGAUAACAUAGAGCCUGGUCCUGUUGUGCCACCAAAGCCAUGUAAAAAAGAGCAUCAGAACAGCUCCAAACAGACUCCACGGACUCAGCCAAGAGAUGAAGACUUUGAAGGGGCUCCAUGGAAUUGUGAUAGUUGCACCUUUCUAAAUCAUCCAGCACUAAAUCGCUGUGAGCAGUGUGAAAUGCCACGGUACACCUGAAAACGAAUAAGGGGAUGCAUUGGGUUUAAAAUAGGCUUUCAAGCCAACAGGUGUGAGAGAAGGAAAUAUGGGGAACCUUUCAGUCCAUCUGCCCAGCCCUUGCCAGUCAACAAUCUUCAUAUUGCAAGGGAUGGGGGAAAUGUGUUAAGAUGUUUCUGCUUGUGCCACACUAAAAACAAAUAAAUUAAGGAUGAAAUAUUUUCUUAUCCCAUUGCAGUGAGCAAAGCAGAAAAGGAUACCUGAAAAUGUAAAAGGAUUAAUUUCUGGAAGAAUGUAUACAGGAAGGCAGAUAAGUACUGGUAUCUAGUCCUGUGGUUAUAGAUACUGCUUAGUGGCUCUAAAAAAAAAUUUUUUUUUUGAAUUAUAGAACUCCUAGUAAUGGUGUGAAAUAUUACAAUUAUCCAGAAAAAAACUGAAGAGCCAGAGUUGACUUACCUGGCCACAGCUAGCUGGAAAACAAAGGCUCCCUGUGCUUCUAGAUUGUAAGCUACUGAAAAAGAAGACAGGUAAAUGCAACCAUAAAUUUUGUAACGUAUAGAAAACAGGAGAAGGGUAUUUGUAAUUGCUGCUUUUUUUCAGGGUAAAUUAUGUCUACAAAAAAGUUGCUGUUUGAAAUAGUGACCUAAGGUGACUAAAUGAGAUACUGUAUGAGUGUCAGAGAGUAUAACCAGAGGCGAUUUUUACAAUCCCUUUUGCUUGUACAGUGCUCACCUGACUGUAUCAACACUGGUAAUAAACUAAGAAUGAAUUCUACCAUAUUGUGGAUGAAAAUGCUGCUGCAUGCUUUCAUUAGGCCAUUGUGUUUUAAAGCUAAAAGUAUACAGCUUUUAUAUACAACAAUCUUCUAAGACUGUGCUCUGUAGCAGUACAGUGAACAUAUGCCAAACGCAGACUACUCCAAAUUCAGUUUGAAAGACUUGAACUCAGCCAUGGUUAUGUAUGAGAAGUGUUUGAACUCUGUUCCUUAGGCCUUUUCAGCUUCCAAUUUGUGAAGAAUUCAUGAUGUUUACAGCACAGAAGGUACUUUGUGCCCCAGUCCCAAGUUAGCUGAAAAAUAAUUAAUCAAUUAGCUCUUCAGUAAAGAUUUAUUUGCACACUGUUAAAAAAUGAGCCUGUAUAAAAGAGCAGAGGGCAGAUCUUGAAAAAUUACACACUGCAUUCUUUUUAUUUUGGUCAGGAAAUAUUUGCUGUAGAUUGAAGAACACAAAAGACUUGUGUCAACUGAAAAUCAUACUGGUACUUUUACGUCUAUGAUAUACUGUAUUAUAAAGGUGAUAUUCAGUUUGUUUGAAUGCUUCAGGUUGCUGUAAUAAAGCACUCAUUAUUUGUGAAAUCAAAUUUGGGUUUGGGCAGCUGAAUGAUUAUGUUAUAAAACUGUGUGACUGAGUAGGAUGUUCUUGCGUACUAGUCUGCAGUACAGUGCAUUUGAAUUUUUAUGCUAUGACUUUGUCCAGGUCCAGAGACACAACCAAGCCGAUCCACUGAGUUAUGGUAAUUGACUUUGCAAUUGUGAGGCAAAACGUGCUAGCUAAACCUCACCAGACAAGAUUUAAACGUUGUAAAUUGCUCUCAGCUCAUGGCAGCCGCAUCCAUAUGGUCAAUUACCACAAUUCACUUGAUGUGUGAUGACAUAUGAAGCUGUGGUAGGACAAUCAUGUUUCUAAAUCCUUAUUUAAAAUCAAGCAGCGUUUGUAAGGGGUGGGUGGAGGAAAACUUAUCUUGACUGUAUUGCCAGUCUGGUGUCUUCUGUUCCUGCAGUUUAUAAAGGUAGAAGUUUAGAGGAGAGAGAGGAGAGGGGGGGGAGGAAAAAAAAAAAAGAAGUGAUCUGAGAUGAGGAACUGAUAUUGUAUCUGGCAUUUUUUUCAAUAUGUUCUUGCACUAAGUGAAAUUUCACCAUAAUUUGAAAUAACCUAAUUGAUCUCCAGGAGUCAGUGAGCAUCACUGAUGAGCAAAACAAAGUCAAAGGCAUCAGAGCCAAUUUUCCUUGCUUCCUAAUGAUUUAUGGUAUUAUAAAAGGAGCUCAUCGUAUGUGCAAGGGGGAAAAAAAACACCGUCCAAGUGAAGUUAGAAGACAAAAAUUAAUUUUGCUCGUGUAAGUGGACAAUCUAACAAAUCUGCACCAACUAGAAAACAGAUGAGCAGAAACGCUGUAUUUAGGAUGAGCAGUACCGUUGCUGUUAUCACCUGUAUCAUGAAUACUUGAUGCAAUACCAGUAACUUCAUGUCUUUUCUGUGGUGAUGCCUUUGCCUUUGUAUUAUUUCAGUUUUCUAUUCAUUUGUACUUCUGUUGAAUUUUUAGCAGCUUUAAUUUUUGCUGGAAUUACAAAAAAAUAGCAAGUAAAAUGACAGUCAGCAAAUGGGAGUAGGUGAUUCCUGUCAAUAGAGUUGUCAUAUUCAGACAGGAUAGAUGCUGCUUUGGAAAACAAAUUCAUGCAGUCCAACAAUUCUGUGAACUGUAAUAAUCAUAAAUGCAUGGUUUCAGGUUUUAUGGAGACCUAUUAGUCUUAGUCAUAGCUUUCACCAGUCAGAGGAAGACCAAAAUGGCUGCCUGAGAGCAAGAUACUUUUGGAAGACUAAGUGAGUGCCAUUAGAUUGCAGAUGGUUUCCAUCGUACCAAUAAUUUUAAUUAAGCUUUUUGAUUACUCUCAUUUGUUGCUUGUAUAAAAAAAAAAACCCUUCUGUUGUAUUCCUUUACUUGUAAAUGCCCAUAUUCAGACAUUAAUAGUAAAAACUUUACAUGGUGCUUGAAUAUGUUUGUUUGUUAGAAUGUAAAUUGUAUUUUGAAUAUUGGAUGAUCCAUUUCCUUUUGAAAGCAAGUGAUGCCUUUCACACCCCAACUGAAUUUUAGGUUAUGCCAAAAAGGUUGGUUUGUGUAAUGUUUAUUGAACGCAUAUAAAACCCUAAUGCCAACUGGCCUUUAAAAUGCACUGUAUUGUAUAAAACGUGUGUGUGUGUGUGAUCGUUGGGAUGCUGAUGCCAUUGUGUUGAGUUAAUGCACUACUUGUGUUUUCUUUUUCUCCCUAAUGACUGAGCUUUCCCUCAACCAUGCUACUAGGUUGGUAGAGUUCACAAUUGACUUGGACAUUCAGAUAUUCAAAAUGAUUUCACUGUUAACUGAAAUUAAUUUUAUAAAGCUUAUUUUAUAUUUACUGUGCUAUUAAGAUGAAUUCCCUUUAAUUAUAGAUUACUACUGUAGUUCUUUAAAAGUUUAGAGUGGGGCUUGUGGAAAAUGAUUCAGAGUAUAGUAAACCAAAACAAAUCUUGAACUUUGGAUCUACUUUUAAUUUGAUGUAACUAUUAGUCUUGUCUGGGUGAGGAGGAAAGGGGUGGGAAGUCAAGCAAAAGGAAAUACUUUGUAAAAUGUAGUCUUAGAUCAGAUUGAAUUGUGUAUCUGUGCGUCUGUGGUAUGUGUGUGUUUUCCCUUGAAAAAUGGGAGGUGUGGUGAAAAGGUGUAAUAAUUCUUAAAAGAGCUGGUCUCGGUAGUUUCUGAUUAUGAUAUGCUACUAAGUCACAUUUUUUUUUUUUUUUUUAAAAAAACUUUCAGUUAUUUAUCUGUCCCGGUGAUACAUCUCUCAUUUAAAUUUCUACAACAUUUUUAAUAUUGAUUGUAACCCUCCCCCGCCUUGAAACUGAAAUAAAAAUACUUUGAGUUAAAAUGGGGACAAACCAAAAUGAAAACAAUAAAGAAUGUUUUUUAAAAGAAUGUGAGAAUAUUAAGUAUGUUAAAAACAAGCUUGUCAUCAGGGUGAUAUUUUAUAUUUUAAAAUUCAGUGGUAUACCCUAGAAUGUGAAAAUGACUUUCCUGACAAAAAGUGGACAGUUGGACAUAGACAAUUCAUCAGCUCCUUUGGUACCACAACUUAUGUGCUCUAUGCUGCAGUGACUCUCCAUCCCAGCAAGAAAGAAGACAUGCACAAAUAACACAUCUCAUAGUCAGUACUUUCUCUAUGUGCUGCUGCAUCUGUUUUGUUACAAAAUGUCAACAUUAUUUGAAGUUGACCAUGACCGAAUUUUGCCAUAUUUCUUCAGUUGGGGCUUUUUGUUGCUGUUUAUGUCCAUAAAUAUUAAUGCCAAUAUUUUUCUUGUUUCUGAAUAAUCAGAAGUCAAUGGAGUUAAUGCAAUAUUAUAAUCUUGGAUUUUCAGUACUUUUGAAACAGAUUUUUUAAAAAACUGUGUUCUUGAGAUUUAUUUAUUUAUGGUGGCACCAGUGUAUCUAAUCCAUAUUUCCUGCUGUGUGAAACCCUGUUAAUUUUUUUCAUUAAAACAACAAGACACAAUCUUGUUUAAUCCUGUAUAUAUGGUGUCUACAUUCUAGAUUUGUGUAUGCUGUGAAUGAACUUAUCACUAAAAAUGAAAUUGUACAAAGGCAUUCAGAGGCUGUGCAUGCAUGGUACCUCCAGAAAGUGCAUACUCCGAGUUGCAGAUUCCUGCAAAAAUAAAUUAAUAAACUAAGCAAACAUCA